AUUUGCCGUUCCAACAGCAUUACGCAUACAUUGACCCACGAUUUUUAUUUAGUGAUUCGACGAUGUGAUGCUAGAUUCGUAGCUCUUAAAGUUAAGGAUUCUCCCACAACUCUCUGACACAAUUUUAAACAGGACGGCCCACUAAAACUGGGAGGCGCCAAGUCUUAAACGCUAGUUGCAAGUUCGAUGGUCUAGAUAGGUCCGUAGGAACAGUGUAGAAGAUUUUUCAAGAAGAUGCAUACAUUAGUAGUCCGUUCGUUUUUCUAAUAGCUGGAGACAGGAAAUCGCCUUAACAUUUUUGAUAGGAACAGUCUGCUACUCUUUAUUAUCGAGUUUGGGGUUGUGGGUUUUUAGAAAUCAGAAACAUGAAAGGUCACGUGACCUGAUAAUUAUCCACAAACCUCUGGUCAAGCAGAUUUUUGUCCGGGCAUCGCAAAUAUUGGUGUAGUGGUUCGUGUGAUUCAAUCCAGAGUGUAUAUACCGCUUUUUAGUGUGUCUAACGGAUGUCUUUUUUCAUAUUGGAUAUAGUUUUGAAAUCUUUCUCUGAACGAUUGUUAUUCGUGUCCAUGCGAAUAGUCUGUCACUAUUGUCUUAAAGCGACUGAACACGGCAAUCCAGUCCUCCUCUAUAUAGUCACUGGAAUUGCUGAAGCGACGACUAAGGUGACAUUACUUUCCAGUUAGACGAAAAGUUAAACACCGUUUGGUCCUCAUAUUCAUUUGCCUCAGUCUAGUGCUCUGGGUUAUAUGGUUAAGCGGGACGUAACUGAAAAGAUAUUAUAAUAACAAGUGCACACUGGAUUCCAUAUUAUUCUCAGAACCAAAUAAUACCACCCCAAAGUUUUGAUUGUUCGUGCGUCAUGACAUUUCAACUGAUUAAACUACGAACUGCCGUAAAACAGUAAUUGCUCAAUCUGUAGCUAUACUUGAUAGACGAUUUACUCAAGGUUCUAUGUUGUCUAAAGUGAGUAUUUAUCCUGUAUGAGGCGUGUAACUCGAAAAAGUGAUGUUACGAUGCUUAUAUUUGUCAGGUGCCAUUUGUUGAGGACUACUAUCAUGACUAACAGCUCAUCACAAGGAUCUGCGGAAUAUUUUUCGCAGGUCUUAAUGGGAGCCUUGCCGAAUUUUUUUACAAGUAUCUUCUUUAAUUUUGAACUGUUCCACGACCUCUAAAACGUGUAGAUUGAUAUAAGCAGAUGAAUUUCCCCAUGAAUAAAUGAAACUGUAGGGCUGGUAAGUGUGCAUUCAGUGUUUUUUCACAAAAGAUAUAUUCAUGGAAAGUGCAGAUCCUUAAUGUCCCAUCGGGUUACUCAAGUGAAAUACUUCUCAAAUAACGGUAUUCUACUGUAAUUACUAUCAAAGUCAAAGGGUCAGCUUCGUUUCAAACAUUAAUUCUAAGGUUAUUUUACAGCAUAUAUUUAUUAUAAUACAUAGCUUAAUUAUUGUGUUGAGUCCGUUCCGGGCCUUUUUCUGUACGAAAUAGCUCUUGAUAUCCCCAGUUUAUUUCGGCGUAUGUGUAUUUUUCAAAUAAUAUUUAUUUUAAGUUAUCAUUCCGCUAUUUUAGAUGAAAAACACGUUCAUAAUAAAUUCUGACUUGCAUGCCAAUUAUUUAUGAGGGGUACAGAGGUCUGAGUAAUAUUUUUUACAUGUACAGAAGUGUCUGUUGGUGUCUAUUCCCACCCACCCCCAUAUCUAGUUGGACCCACUCUACCGCCUAAACGUAAACAUUCCGACUGGGUCGCAUCCAUUCGAGUAGUAUCACUUAAAACCAGUUUAAACAACCAUAAUGUAUCUUUUUGUUGCUGCAAUCAAUGAGUAUUUCUAAUCCUCAUUCUUUACCCCUCAUGCUAACCUAUUUUCCUAUUCUUUCCUCUAGCUUUUCUCUAUCGCCUAUAUCUAUUUCCUUGCCUUGGUAACAAAAUCUAGUCUUUGCACGAGUUUGUAGAACUCUGUACUUUCCUACUGUUUACUCUGACCGGAAUAUUAUUUGUCUUUCUUGACUGAGCAACUUAUUAAAUUAUGUCGUUUUUCUACCUGAUGGCUUGUAUGGUAGCCCAAAUGAAAGUUGGGUUAGCCAAAUUAAACCCGGAUUGUAUGUUAAUAAUUAAAACCCAAAAAAGCGAACUGUCACUGUUCAUCGCAGCUAUACUCUUAUAAACUUGUUCCUAUUCGACUCCGUAACUACUGACGUGCACUAGUAGACGACUGUGCGGAUAUCACCCAUCAUCCAAAACAUGUACUUGUUUUUUAACAUGUUUACAUUAGCUCCUGAAUAUAAACAGUAAGUCCAAGUAAUACGCUCGUUCAGUCUCAGAAAAAAAGAAAUAUUACUAAAUGCUCAACCUUAAAUUUUACCACAACUUAUCUUGCACCUGCCCAAACAACUCAAUAUUAGUGCCUUCAUGAUCUGAUGUUAUUAUCUUAAUUUAACCACUUUUAGCCCCUUCCCCACACAUCCACAUUAUACCCUAAAUUACUGAUCGAAAUACUUUGUGGUUGCAAUCGUACAACUGACUGCAAUCUUCGGAUAUUCUUAAUCUUAUCAUGUGAUUUGUACUUUUUAUGCCGUGUUAUUGCUUAGCACCAGGAUCACUUAGUAUUUCUGUGAAACAAUUAAACUGUCUCUUUUGUACUUAUAGUAGAUUUACAUCUAAUAAUUACUAACAUAGUCUAUUUCAUCAUAUUCUUGACACUGAUAUAUUAAAACACUCGUCUGUCAUCAGUUUUUCAUGCAGCCAAACGUGGUAUGUUUGAAUCUUGAAAGGUUAUAAUCCUUUAGUAUUUUAUUCGGGUGUUUGGAUAAUAUUAGAUGGACUAGUAGUCAACAAAAGCACCGAAAUAAGUUUUCUGGCAUUACCUGGCAUUUCACCUUAUCUUUCCAGCAUUUCGAAGUGUACAAACAUCCUUUAAAAGCUGAUUAUACAACUCCGGAAAUAAGAACGUUAGAGUUGGACAUCAUACUGUAUAUGUCUCACAAUAAAUACAUUUGAGGUAUCGUUCAUAUUUCAACGAAAGCUAGGUUUAUUUAGGGAGAUGGUCUUACAAGUUGAUGAAGUUUAUAGUUUAAUUGUACUAACCAGGGUGGUCUUGACAUGUUACACCUAUCCCAUAAUGUAUGCAACUUUCAACAAGUAGUUACCCGUAAAACAUAUAUGGUCUUCAAGUUAUAAAUACGUUGUGCGAAUCUUGACGUGUGUCCGUUCUACCGUUCGCCAAAGCUCAAGUUAAAUUAAAUUCUACUCUGGAAAAUUUCGCCCUUGUGAUGUUUUUUGGUGUUAAAUUAGGAAGAUCUUAAUUGUAGACUCUUAAUCAUCAGCUUCAGGGUGCUUUUCAUCUGACAUUUAAAUAAUACAUCAUGUAUUUUCUUAUCAAUGUUGUUGUCUAGAGCUUUGAGCAAAGCAGUACGACUUCGAGUAAAUUAUUCGAAUAAUAUCAAGUUUUAGAGGUAACUUUGAUACCUUUAUCAGUGAUAAGUUAUCUUUGGAGCGGUACAAGUUUUCAGUCUAUUGAAAUUCGUUUUUUUAUUAGACUGCAGAUUUUCUGGGUAAUGGAGAUUUUGUGCAAUUACUCUCAAAAUCCAGUGGUUGGUUCGUCGAAAAGCAGUCACACGGAGCAUGAACCAGUCCCAGUAUCAGCCAAAGUGCAAGAUACCACUGCUUCUCAGCGACGAAAUAUCAAUUGCACAAGUUCAAAUAUCUUUAGUAGUCUUCAACAUGCCCAUCUUCCUGUAGCCUCCAAUCCGAAUGUCUUAUUUAAGAACGACCUGACAGAAAAUUACUCCGACAAUUUGGCGCCGCGUAUAUCACCAUACCUUCUUGGGAUGCUCCAGUGUAGACCAGUUUCCUUACCUCUUACUCGGAACGUUGUGAAAGAGGGAUGGCUUAUGAAACGCGGCGAACAUAUUAAAAAUUGGCGACGUCGAUAUUUCAAAUUACGGGAAGAUGGGACAUUUUAUGGAUAUAAAAUUCAACCUAAAGAUGAUAUGGCGCAACCUUUAAAUAAUUUCACUGUUCGCGACUGUCAAAUUAUAUGUUUAAACAAACCAAAACCAUACACAUUUCUUAUUCGUGGUUUACAAUGGACCAAUGUAGUGGAACGUUUAUUCUUUGUCGAGACGGAAGCAGAAAGAAAUUAUUGGCUUAGCGCAAUUCAAAGCGUCGCAAAUCGACUCAAAUCAUCAUUUGAGCAGCCAGUAUCCGUACACAGUUUAGAUUUGGCUGAAAAUAUGAUCGUUGAUAUUCCUCAGAGGCCUGUGAAACGUUAUUCUGUAAAUGACUUCAGACUUUUAAAAGUUUUAGGGAAAGGUACUUUUGGAAAAGUGAUUUUGUGUCAAGAAAAUGAAACAGGUCAUUUUUACGCUAUGAAAAUACUAAAGAAAUCUGUACUUAUUGAAAAAGAAGAAGUUGUUCAUACAAUGACUGAAAAUCGUGUGCUACAACAAUGCAAACAUCCAUUUAUGACAGAGCUACGUUAUUCAUUUACUACACCUAAUUAUUUAUGCUUUGUUAUGGAAUAUGUUAAUGGUGGUGAAUUAUUUUUUCAUCUACAACGCGAUCGUGUAUUCUCAGAAGAAAGAGCUAAAUUUUAUGGUGCAGAAAUUACUCUGGCUUUAGGUUAUUUACAUCACCAGAAUGUUGUUUAUAGGGAUCUUAAAUUGGAAAAUUUAUUGUUGGAUAAAGAUGGUCAUAUAAAAAUCGCUGAUUUUGGUCUGUGCAAAGAAGACAUGUACUAUGGUGCAUCAACUAAAACAUUUUGUGGUACACCAGAAUAUUUAGCACCUGAAGUUUUAUUGGAUAACGAUUAUGGGCGUUCAGUUGAUUGGUGGGGCCUUGGUGUAGUAAUGUAUGAAAUGAUGUGUGGACGUUUACCAUUCUACUCAAGUGAUCAUGAAGUUUUGUUUGAACUAAUACUGCAAGACAAUGUCUCCUUCCCAGCUCGUCUUUCACACCCAGCUCAAGAUAUCUUGUCUAGACUUUUAAUUAAAGAUCCAACAAGUCGAUUAGGUGGUGGAGUACAGGAUGUUUUGGAAGUUAUGGCACAUUUGUUUUUUGGGUCAGUCGAUUGGGAUCGUUUAAUAAGAAAAGAUAUUCAACCACCAUGGAAACCAGACGUGGUCGAUGAAAAAGACACAAAAUAUGUCCCAGAUGAAUUCAAGGAUACGUCAGUCGAUUUGACUCCUCCAAACGAUGAUGAAGGUAAUAUGAAUCGAAUUGUCGAUGGACCAUAUUUUGAACAAUUCAGUUUUCAUGGAAGUCGACAAAGUUUGAAUAGUAGAGUCAGUGGUUAUAGUUUUGGUGACACAUUUUAAUAAUGUGUACUUUACUACAAGUUCAAUUGACUGCCUCUUAUAUGAUUUAACUUUCUAUGUACAAAAAAGAAGAAAUGAAGAGAAUGUUAUUAUAACUAAUAUUUUUCAGAUAGAUGAACAGACAAAAAAAACAUUUUAGAGCCUGGAAGUGUGUGUAUAUCCUCUGAUUCCGAUUAUGAAAUAUGUAUAGAUUUAUUUUCAUAUUUAUUCAUUUUCACCUGGUUUUGCUUAUUUUUCUCUCCUUUUUCGAAUACUUGAUAUUAUGACAUAAAUUUUAUGUGAAUUAAAUAGGUUUAGUUUCAAUUGGUCUUAGAGAUGUGUAACUUUCAUCUCCUGUUAUUUUUCAUUGGAACUUAUUAUUUCAUUGCCUCGUUUAUUUUAUUAUUAUUAGUAUCAUUUUAUGUGUGUGUUUUUGUGACAUUUACAAUUUUGGUCAGAUUAAAUCUCAAUUGUUGGUGUUGUUGUUGUUGUCUUUAUUAUCUGCAUCAAGUUGGUUUACUAUUUUCACUAUUUAGUUAAUCUGUUUCCUUUUUAUCUCCCUCUUUUUUUACUGUUCCCCUCUACUAUCUCACAUCAUUUUAAUGUUGUGUUGACGUGUACACAUACGUCUCCUUUUAUGGAUUUCCCCCCUUUUUUAUACAUAAAUCUGUCUAUACGUAAUGUACUAUUGUUGUUAUUGUUGUCUUGUAGUUGUAAUGAUUUAGGUUCAUUCUACUUCGUGUGCAUGUUUAUGUAUUCUGACAUUAGGUUUUAUUUUAGUACCUACAAGAGAAUUAAACCCUUCUUUCUAAGACGAAAAUUAUCCUACAUUCUCAUUUGGUGCAUCUAGAGCUGAUCACCCCGCCCCAUUGUUCAACGAAACAAAUACCAGGAUCAAUGUAGACAGUAUUACAAUAGUCAUUAUUCAGUUGUAUGAUUUUUAUUGAUAAAAUUCAAUAUAUCUAAUUCAUAGAAAUAAAAAAUUAUAUUGAGUGUUUCUCGUUUUUUACUCAUUGUGUGUCUGUUUGUGUUCAUAUGUUUGUUUUUGUCGACAUAUUAAGUUUACCAUAAUCUGUAAUUACCAUUUACUGGUUUUUUUUAGAUGGAGUAUCUGUUACAUUUUAAAAAUAUGUAUUUCUUUCCCAGUUGAGUAAUUUUUUAUGUUGUAAGUAGUCGGUCAGUCAUCCUUGAGUUCAUGCUUUUCAACUUCAAUUUUAUUGUUUUUUUUAUUAUUUAGGAUAAUCAAUUAACUAGUUCUUUGUCAGCAGUUCUCCAGAUAGUUUAAGCAUUAAUUGGAUAACUAUUAAAAUGUGGAAAUAUUGCGUAUUUUCUUCAAUCAUUAGAUUAUUUGAUAUUACAUACCAUUUUACGUCUACUACCAUAUCUGUGUUUUCAAAAUAUUAUAUGCAUAUAAUAGUUGAGAUUCUAAACGUCAGUUAAUUGAUUAUUUCACUCGAUAUGUAUAACUUAUCGUAUUUCUUAUUGAUAUUCGCUAACAUCCUGGAGUUCACAAUUCCAACAAUUCACCCUAGUGCCUUAUCCUUAACUUAACAGAUUAAUGACAUUGAUAAGUGACGUGUUCAUGAUGGCUUUUCAGAAUAAAUAUAAACAAUUUUCUUAAGAAUUUUCCUUUAAAUAUGAAUAAAUAGUUUCACAGUGGUAUAGGACCGAUUAAGUAUAAUACAUAAAAAGGAAAGUUUAUGUGUAGAAAAUUAGCAAUUUAAAUUAAUCCAGCGUUUCGCUCAGUAGUCUGGUCUAAGUUUCAAAUCAUGUACUGAACAAAUUGUCCAGUCAUAGGAAUAAUGUUGUAUGAGUAUGCGUCAUUUGCUGUGAAAUAUGAUGAAAUUGUGUAUGUAUGCGUGUGUAGUAUGUAGAUCUGAUAUGAUAUUUGAAAAAUCCAUUAACCAAAUAUGUCCUUAGGUUAUAGUCGUUGAUGAAAUUAGAUGAUCUGGUUGGGUGUUAUAAAUUAAACUUGUCACAACAUACAUAAUAUAAAGACAAAUAAAUAAAAGUUUUCACUGUUUCAGGGCUACUCAUCAGAUGCAAAUGGCCUAGAUUUACAUUAUUAUUAGUAUUAUAACAAAAUUAACUUGAAUUUUAUGUCAACUAGCUCCCUUGAUUUGUUAAAAGCUUGUUUCUGUUGGUUGUCUCUUUUAUAUUUUACAACUUCACUCCUUUCUCUUAUUUUAUGAUUUCAUUUUCAGCAUAUAAAUACUAAUCAAUUUUAACUAUUAUAUUAAAUAUGUUGUUUCCUCUUCUGGUUUCUUAAUUCCCUUUGAACUAAACUUGAUUGAUUAUGGUGUGUAAUAAAAUUUCUUUAGAAUAACAUUACUAAUGUGAAUUUAGACCAUUUGCAACUGAUGCAAAGCGUUAAACCAUAAUGAAUUCAUUUUACUCUGCAAAUAUUGUUCCCACUUUACUUGGAUUUACCAAGGAAUUAGAACGUAUGAAAUAAAUGUUUGUAUUGUUCUGUUAAACAAGUUGGUUGCUCAUUAUAUAUUUAGACCAAAUAACAAAUGAAAAUUUAUCAUUAUUGUCCAUAUAAUAUGAGACAAAUUAAAAGUAAUAAAAUAAGAUAUAGAUUUGCUUAUUAAUAGGACAUUUUAUUGUACUCCAUCUUUUCUAUUUUUAUUGUUUGGAUUCUCCCAUAUAUGUAUGUCACUUUUUUGUUUUGUGAACCAAAAACUUUCUGAAAGGAUUAUCGGUAUAGGGGUUAUGGAGAUUAUUAAGUUUUUGAUUAAGAUCACGAACCGAUUGAUGUUAGACCACCGUUAGAAACCUGGAAGCACUGGACGGCCGUCUCAUCCUAUUGUGGGACUCCUCAGCAGUGCUCAUCCACAGUCCCGCUCGCGGGAUUCAAACCCAGGCUCUUCGGUCUCGCGCUCGAACGCUUAACCUACUGAAAGAUUGUUGUUUCAUCGAAAUAUAUACUGAUUCUACGAAGUUCAAUAUUGUCACCUAUUUAUUUUCAGCAUUUCAGCAAAUUUAUUAGUCAUUGUCUAAUUAAUAUGAAUUUUCUACCGAUUUAUAUGUUGUAGUUCCAGUAAGUAUAUAUCUAGUGAUUAAUUUGACAAAGUCUGUAAAGAGGAAGAAAUAAAGAGAAUAUUUAUCAUAACUAUACUUUUCAGAAUAGAUGGAUAGAUAGACAGAAAAAUAAUUUACAACCUAUUUGUUAUUCUUUGUGGUUUAUUCAAUAUCUACAUCUGACUUUCUAUAAUGAUCUUGGUUUUAAUUUAGUUUAUAUUCUAUUGAUUACAAUAAUUGAACAUAAUCUCUAAAGUAAUAAUUAACUGAUCUUGAUUUAUUGAUUUUAAUAAUGUGUACAAUUGGUGAAUAUUGAAAAAAAAAGUUUUUAGUCUUAAUUAUUUGUCUGUAUUUAAAAUGUCUUAAAUUCUUACUUGUAUUAUUUUUUUCGUCGUUUCUUUUCUUUCCAGAAUUAAUUCUUUUCACGGAAUUCUGUGUGUGUAUGGUACUUCAAAUUAGUUUCUAAUAAUAGUAAAUUGUGACAGUAAGGGAAUUUCAAGCAACUGUGCAACUCAGAAAUGGGGUUCGUAUUGAAGCUUCCUGUACGACUUUUGACUUCACUUGGCGGUUCAUUGAAAGCUUCAUCUUUGAAGGCUGCAGUGUCUACAAAACAUCUUGUCGCGUCACCAACUUUCUCUCAGUUCAAUUAUGUUAUCCGUAGACAGUUUUCUAAUACCCCAUCAGACAAUUCUGUAAACAAUGUUUCUGAUUUAGUAAAAGGAAGUCGUAUUGUGCUUUUUAUGAAAGGGAAUCCCAGUGAACCACGAUGUGGUUUCAGCAAUGCUGUCUGUCGUAUCCUAGAAAUGCAUGGAAUUCUAGAAAAAGCAAGUAAAGGAGAUGAUCCAGAUCUGUUCGCAUCGUAUGAUGUCUUAGAGAAUGAAGACCUACGAGCUGCUGCUAAAGUGUUUGCUGACUGGCCCACUUUCCCUCAGUUAUAUUUCGACGGUGAAUUUAUUGGUGGUUGUGAUAUUCUUUUAGAUAUGCAUCGUUCUGGGAAACUGACGGAAGAAUUAGAACGUCUCGGUAUUGGGUCUGCUUUAGCUAAAGUAUCAGACAAAGAGAAAACAUGAUUGAUUGUCUUUUGAUAUUUUCAAUUUGUACAGUAUCCCUAUUUUCUGUUUGAUAAAAAUAUGUUAUACUGCAGCACUGAUAUUUAGUCUUAAUUUUACCCAUAACAUGUAGUUAGUAUCUUUUUGUAUGUGCAUUACUGUGACUGCUUUAGGUUUUCAUUUGCAAUUUUUGAAUUUUAGCAAACUAUUAUUUGACGAAAUGCAGUAGUUAUGUAUUAUAACGAAUAUUACAUUUUGUUGCUUAAGCUAUUGUGCGGAUUCCGUUAAACCAAGCACAGCUUACCUGCAUAUUCUAAAAAGAAAUAUCAUCAUAACAUCAUAAAUCUCUCACAAUUGAAAAUUCACUUUUACAUGAAGCGCUCAUUCUGGCCUUAUAAUCUUUUGCUUGAAUAAUGUUACAUUUACAACGAAUGGUGUUCAGCUUAUUUAUAUAUCUCACUGCGUUAAGGUUGCUAGUAACCUGGAAUUUUCAAGCAGACCGAUUUCCUGAUCUUGUGACUUAUUAAUGAUUGUUGCAAAUUAGUUGACAUUUUGUAUCGUUUUGAGUAUAGUCUCUCCAUUUCACUAUAUCAGAUGGUUAUUCUCAUUAAGUUCAAAGCGGCUCUCUCAUUUGAAUUGUAGUAGUUUUAAAUAAAAUUUGCAGACAGUCAAAAUGAGGACAUCGGAAAAUAAAGACUUAAGGUUUAGUUAUACUAGUGUCCAUUUGCUGUGAUCGGUUUCAUCCCUCAAGAUAGCUUACAAAAUUUAGUACUUUUGAAUUUGUGUACAACUGUGUCGAGAUGUUUUGAACUCCUGUUUCGCCUAGUAGUUUUUGCUUAAUGUAGUAAUGUGCGUGGAAUUCGGUCGGGGUCGAGUCGCAUUUCCCUUGUUGUUGACAUCCUUAUCAAACCAGUCAAAAUUUUAAAGAACUUUCUCAAAUAAUCUCUAAUAAUUAGGAUGUAAAGUCAAGCUUCCAUACCAUUCAGGAUAUUAUUUAGUUGUGUUUCUUGUACAAGCUCUUCCUACCGUCUCUAGCUAUUUUAUUUUCAUUUACUUCUCUCAAUAGCAAUACAUCUCAACAAAUAUACCACAUUCUUUCUCUUUUGCGAUCGUUUUAAUGUUGGUAAACUGUAAAGUAUAUUGGUUUAACGGCUCUGUAUCCGCUCUUAAGAUGUUUUUGAAAACCUUAAACAGUAUAUCAUGCACUUGAGAUUAUUUGAAAAGUAGACAACUUGAUAAGGUUUAAUUUAAGAGAAAUAAACAUUAAAAGUUUGUGGAACUUUCUUUAAAAAUAUCGAUCAUAAAUUUUAAAUGAGUUGUAAGAUAGACGUUUUAAUAAGAUCGGCGUUACUUCUAUUCCCCUCCAGUCCUUAUAUUUUAAUGAUAGGCUUUUUUAGUAUAAAGUGCACUCACAUUUGUAGCCAGUUCAUCGUUAUAUUGAUAAUAUAUCCAUAAUUCACUGUCACAUGCUCUGUAUAAACGCCUAUAGUAUUCAUGCAGCUUAGUGAUUCUAGACUCACGUACUGUAUAUCUUAGUCAAUUAUAUUCACCUAGAACUAUGCAGAUCAGAAGGGAGAAAUGUUCAAAGAAACCACUUACGAAUCUCGACGGGUAUAUCUGUAGUAGUUAGUCAGUCAGUAACAACGUACAACUUCGUACGUACGUACAUCAGUUCGAGUUGCCAUGCCACAUUAGCACAGUGAUGCAGUUGUCGAUUCAAAUCCCGUAGUAGUAGAGGUAGUAAGAGUAUAAGCAGUAAUCGGAAGCAUUAAGGCUUGAAGAUGUUAUUCAAGGAGUAUAAUAAAGUGAAGUGAAUUUGGAAAGAAAAUCAGGGACAUGAAGAAUCCAGAAGAUUAGAAUUUGGGAGAACAUAAAGAUGCACGUGCGCCAUUACAAACGAUUUUGAGCCAUGUAAUUCAAGGUCUCUAACCAUCGGUUGUUAUCGUCUCGCGAAUCCCAACCAGGUAGUCUACACCUACCAACAUAGGUCAGUCCACUUUUCAGUGACUUCAUGACUUUGUGCCGUGUUUUGGUCUGGUCGCCUACACCAUAAAGCAUCGCACGUCGGGGCAGUCGCUAGUUCAGAAUACGUAACACAUGUCCCAGCCAUCUUAACUGAAGUUUCACUACUUCAUCAAUUGGUUUGCCAUCCUUACCUAGUACCUGUUUCCUAACAACUGCACUAGUUACUCGGUGGUUCCAGGAUAUACGAGCAAUGCUUCGAAGACACCUAUGAUCGAAUAGUAGUAACCUACAAAUAUCCUCUACUCUUACCGGCCAUGUUUCACUACCAUAAAGUAGGACGGAACGAACUGCUGCGCAGUAAACCCGUCUUUUGGUUGAUAGACGUAUCUCUCGCUUACGUCUUAAAUGACGCAAGUUGGCAAAAGCUAGUGGAGUCUUCUGUAUCCGUGCUGAGAUUUCGUCACACACCAGACCGCAAGU